AUGUCCAACGUUCCCCAGGACAUGCUCGAUGGGAUAUCUGGUGCCCUUGCAAAAGAGGGUGACGUGCUACAGUUGAUCCUAGUCGCUUUCAUCGGUCUAUCAUGCUACAAUGUCGCCGAGCUAGUUGUCCUCGUCCCAGCCACAUUCCGCAGGUGGCGUGGGCUCUAUUUCUGGUCCCUGCUGGUCACGGGAGUGCUCGGUGUCGUACCAUACUCAAUCGGUUUCUUGAUGAAGUUCUUCACUCACACUGACUCCGUGUUGUCGGUCACCGUCCUGUCUAUCGGCUGGUGGACUAUGGUCACUGGUCAGUCUGUGGUGCUGUACUCACGACUCCACCUUGUGUUACGAGAUGAGCGCAUGUUGCGCCGUGUAUUACACCUCAUCGUCGCAAAUGUCAUUCUCCUACAUGUGCCCACAACGAUCCUCACCUACGGCGCGAACAUAAUCCACAGCGGCGACGCCGCCUGGGUGAAUGGAUACAAUGUUAUGGAGAAGAUCCAGCUGACCGGGUUCACGAUCCAAGAGAGUCUGCUGUCAACGCUGUAUGUGAUUGAGACCGUUAAGCUUCUCCGUCUUGGGGCAGAUGUGACUUCGCGCCCGGAUGCCCGGACCAUCAUGUACCAGCUGAUCGGGAUCAACUGCGUGAUCAUAGGGUUGGAUCUAUUGCUUUUGGGCCUCGAAUACGCCAAUUUUUACGCUGUACAAAUCACACUGAAGGGAUUUGUGUACUCGCUCAAACUCAAGCUUGAAUUUGCUGUGCUUGGUCGCCUGGUAGAUCUCAUCCAGGGGUCCCGACAUCCUAUUUCUAUCGCUAUUGCUGAUACAUUGCCUCUUUGCUCAGUGCAAAGGCCGCCUGAGACGCCGGAUCAAAGUGAGGAUACGCCUUAUGAUCAGGCUGAGCCGAAGAACUUCUUGUCUCCGCCGGACGGAGGCCAAGUUGUUCAGAGGAGGAUGUUUGUGGAGUCUGGGAGGAGAUCUUCGUUAGCAACAUGA